AUGAUAAAGGCAGUGAUGAUGAUGAACACACAAGGCAAACCACGACUAGCUAAAUUCUACGAUUUUAUGACUGUAGAGAAGCAACAAGAGCUAAUCCGUGGUGUAUUUUCAGUAUUGUGCAGUAGACCUGAGAACGUUAGCAGUUUUCUGGAGAUAGAUUCGUUGUUUGGUCCGGACUCUCGGCUUGUAUACAAGCACUAUGCUACUCUCUAUUUCGUUCUUGUAUUUGAUGGUUCAGAAAAUGAGCUUGCUAUGCUUGAUCUCAUUCAAGUGCUUGUUGAAACACUGGACAAAUGCUUCAGCAAUGUCUGUGAACUCGACAUUGUGUUUAAUUACAGCAAGAUGCACGCAGUGUUAGAUGAGAUUGUAUUUGGAGGACAGAUUAGAAGCUGCCUCAAACGCGAUUUCACUUGUCCCGAAGUCUGUUUCCGGGUGGCGAGGCCGAUAGCUUCAAAACUUGCCUGA